AUGAGCAUAAAGACAAUCAGUUUUCCUCUUAAUGACAAAAAAUCAAAACCCAAACAACUGGUCACGUCUCAUUUAUCUUUAAACCACCAACGACAACAUCGUGCACAAGUUCUACAUCAUACACAUUCACUAACUCAGAGUAGUUCGAUUAGUGAUGCGUUUCGUCCGUUGGUAUCUACGCCGAAUACUGGCAGUUCCCAACCUCGACCGUAUCAUCUGAAUGAUUUUGCUAAUAAUCAUUUGUUUCUUGCUAAACGUAAGAUAGCAGAAGCAUUUCAGGGUCCAUCGAAUCGAAAUGUUCAGUCGAAAAAUGAUCUUCUCUACUUGUUCGAUCGACCAGAAUCGAAAUCAAAAUAUCGAAAUGUGACUAAAUCGAAACGACGAGAUAAUUCAAUGAUUAAAAGCUCAUCAAAUGAUCAUCAUAUUCAUCUAUCUGUUCUCAAUCUUCGUGUUAGUCCUCCGUACUCACUAACACAAAAUCGUCAACAAUUGUCAUCAGGAUUAAUUCGGCCGUUUGAACUGUGGAGUGGCGUGAAGAAUCUCUCUUCUACAUAA